UCCGUGGGCUGUGUGAAAGUGUAAGCGGUCCAAGUGCCUGAAGUUUUGAUAUUUUACCGUACGACAGUUACUAUCAUUUCUUGGUUGAAAGAGUUUGAUUACUUUAAGCUGAAAUAAACGAAUUUUAACACAUCAGAAUAUGAUGCGACCGCCAUUUUUUCUAUUGUCCCUUGGUCUCUUAGCCUUGACUUCAAUGGCUGCAUCCGACAAAAAAAUUGUCUGCUACUUUGCCAGUUGGUCGCACUACCGGUCAGGAAACGGCAGAUUCACCACUGCCGACAUCGACGCCUCCAUCUGCACCCAUUUCAUCUGGACUUUUGCUACACUAGAAGGAAAUAGAAUCGUGGUUCCUAAUGCUGAUGAUACCAACGGAAUCCGUGAGUUCGCAGCUCUGCGUUCGCGGAAUUCUGGAGCGAAGGUGCUCGUGGCUGUUGGUGGUGGUGAAGACAGUCAAGGGCCCAAAUACUCCAACAUGGUGUCCUCCUCGCAAUCACGUGGUGAAUUCGUAAACAGUGCUGUGGAUCUCCUGAGGCAGUACGGCCUCGACGGUCUGGACAUGGAUUGGGAAUAUCCAUCGCUCAAUGGUGGCAUUCCAUCCGAUCGCGAAAAUUUUGUUGCUCUUCUGCGGGAGUUGAGGGAGCGAUUCAAUCAGGAAGGUUAUCUACUCACAGCCGCGGUCAAUGCUGGGGAGUGGGCAGCAAGACAAGCUUAUGAUAUCCCGGGAAUCAGUCAACAUCUGGACUUCAUCAAUCUCAUGACUUAUGAUUUUCAUGGAUCUUGGGAGCAUCAAACUGGACAUCAUGCUGGACUCCAUGGCAAUGGGGACAUCUCAGUCGAGUCUUGCGUCAAAUACUGGUUGGACAACGGCAGCCCAAAGGAAAAACUGGUGGUUGGUAUACCCACGUAUGGCAAGUCCUGGACCCUCGCAGAUCCAAAUAAUCAUGGGGUUGGUGCUCCCGCGUCUGGCGUUGGUCAACCGGGACCAUAUACCCAAGCACCCGGUACUCUUGCCUACAACGAACUCUGCGAACAGAUCAACGCAGGACAAUGGACUGUGGAAUUCGACGAAGGAGCGUACGUUCCGUAUGCAUUCAAGGGGGACCAAUGGGUUGGCUACGAGAAUGUCCAGUCAGCGAAGGGUAAGGCUGGCUUCAUCCGGGAUUGGGGACUUGGCGGAGCGAUGGUCUGGACUAUCGACUUUGAUGAUUUUAGGGGCAGCUGUGGGGAGAAAUACGGAAUUUUGAAGGGACUCAAUGAAGUUCUUCGGAAUUAACGGUUGGAAAAUAAGGUAUGGGUUUAUAUCAGUCGGUUUAGGGUGUGGAUCGAGCGAUAGUUUAAUUAUGCAUUUAUUAUAUUGUGUUGGGCGGAAGGAUGUUUAUGUAAAAUAGUUAAUAAAAUAAAAUUUAUUCACUUUCUA